AGUCACUCCUGAGAGAGAAGGGGAGUUGGCAAAAAACAAGGCGGAAUCCUACCAGGGAGUAAGCCCUGGGAUCCUGCCUUGGACUACAGACUCUUGCAAAAACCUGAGAGGGAGUGAAGUAGUCAUGGGGAGCAGAGGAAGCUUUAGUGGCAACCCACGGGGCCAGAAGAUAGGAAAAGUAGGAAGGAGGCUGAGGAAACAGCAACAGGAUCUGAGAUUGUUUAGAUCAUGGUUCCUAGUCAUAGGGUCCCUGGGCUGGAACCCAGAGUAGUGGGUGGGCCUGGGUUCCCCUACCAGCCAGUGGGGAAGCGGCACAGUCCAGAGAGUGGAGCAGAGGACUGCCUGAAACAGAUUGUCUAGGGGGACUUUGAUACCCUGAAAAGAGAAAAUUGUAGUGAUCUGUCCAGAGGGCCAAGCCACAAAGAGGGAGCAACUGAGUCCAGAGAUAGAAAGACACCCCCCACCCCCUGUGGUGAGCAAACAAAGGAGGGAGAGUCAGACUGGUUGAGAGCCAACCCCCAGAUGUGGCCAUAAGGAGGUGCUACAACAUUUGGAGGCAGGGCUGUUGAGAAGGAGAUAGCAAGACAACCUUGGUAUUUUAUGGAGUAAUCAGAUUUCCAUGAUCCUGAAUGAAUCAUUUUAGGCAGAUAAAAAAUACAAGACUUUUGAAAUGAAUCCAAGAGGAGACUAAUUACUCAGCUGGCUGAUUCAAAGCAUGAUAGGCAAGGGGCAAAUCCUUGCUGAUGCUCUCAAAAGAAACUGAACUCCGUCCCCAAGGGCACUGUCUUCCCUCCUCAACAGUGCCACAGAAGAAGUGGUGGACAACAAUGAGCCCCGCAUGGUGUGAUGAACAUAAGCCAGAUCAGAUCAUGUUAUGGAUCCAACCAAACUGGAAGGAUACAUGAGCCGGUGAGAAGGAACAUGGACUUCUGAGAACACUAACUUCCUAGAUGCUUAAAAUAGAAGAGCCUGGGAUUAUGGUGAUCAGUUACCAAUGGCUAGAAAGAUGGAAAAGCAAUGGACCCCUCUAUCUGUACCUAUAUAAAUAAAGUUUUAGAAGGCAGAGAGAACUUAAACUGAACCAAAUAAUUAUUUCAGCCAUGGGAGAAAAUGAAAGUUUUUGGGAGAGCUUGAUAUAUGCACAUCCUACCUGUGUAGCCUGGAAGCAAGAGCCAGAGGGAUCAAUAUACCAUCUAGCUAGUAUUCUAUUUGUUGUUGGCUUCAUGGGAGGAAGUGGAUUCUUUGGGCUAAUGUACGUCUUCAGUUUGCUUGGAUUGGGUUUUCUCUGCUCUUCUAUAUGGGCUUGGCUGGAUAUAUGUGCUGCUGAUAUCUUCUCCUGGAAUUUUGUCCUCUUUGUGAUAUGCUUCAUACAAUUUAUUUAUGUUACCUACCAAGUUCGGAGUGUUUCCUUUGAAAAAGAAUUCCAGGAACUCUACAGUUCUCUUUUUCAGCCUCUGGGAAUCUCCUUGACUGUUUUUAGGAAGAUUGUCUUGUGUUGUGAUGCAGAAGUGAUUACUUUGGAGAAGGAGCAUUGUUAUGCUAUGCAAGGCAAAACACCUAUUGAUAAACUCUCUAUGCUUGUGUCUGGAAGGAUCAGAGUGACCGUUGAUGGAGAGUUUCUGCAUUAUAUUUUCCCCCUUCAAUUUCUGGAUUCCCCUGAAUGGGAUUCCCUAAGACCCACAGAAGAGGGUAUUUUCCAGGUAACUCUUACAGCAGAGACGGACUGUCGAUAUGUGGCUUGGAGGAGAAAGAAACUGUAUUUGCUGUUUGCUAAACACCGUUUCAUCUCACGUCUGUUUUCAAUUUUAAUUGGGAGUGACAUUGCUGAUAAACUAUAUGCCUUGAAUGACAGAGUGCACUGGGGCCGGGGUCUGGGGUGAAGAUUCUUCAAGAUGAAUACUACAGAAAUCAAUUCAUUCACCAUGACUCCAUUAGGUUUUAUACCAGAUUUCAAAAAUGCCACCCUUGUACCUGUCAAUGAGACUGCGUGUGAAAACUGGAGUGAGGUUCAUCAUCUGGUUUUUCAUGUGGCAAAUAUUUGUUUUGCAGUUGGAUUGGUUAUUCCAACCACUUUGAAUUUCCAUAUGAUUUUCCUGCGAGGCUUGCUUGCUACAGGAUGUGUACUUUUUAUCAUCUGGGCUAUGCUGUACCGUUGUGCCUUGGAUAUAAUGAUCUGGAAUUCGGUGUUCUUGGUUCUUAACGUCUUGCAUUUUGUAUAUCUACUGUACAAGAGAAGACCGAUCAAGAUAGAGAAGGAGUUCAGUAGUCUGUACAAGAGAAUGUUUGAACCACUCCAUGUACCUCCAGAACUGUUCAAGAGAUUAACUGGACAAUUCUGCAACAUUCAGACUUUAAAAACAGGUCAAGCAUAUGCUGCAGAGGACAAAACAUCAGUUGAUGAUCGACUAAGUAUCCUGCUAAAGGGAAAAAUGAAGGUCUCCUAUCGAGGGCAUUUUCUGCAUAAUAUUUACCCCUGUGCCUUUAUAGAUUCUCCUGAAUUUCGAUCAACUCAGAUGAACCGGGGUGAGAAAUUCCAGGUCACCAUUACUGCAGAUGACAACUGUAAGUUUCUGUGCUGGUCCAGGGAACGACUCACUUACUUUCUGGAAUCUGAACCAUUCCUUUAUGAAAUAUUUAGGUAUCUUAUUGGUAAAGAUAUUACAAACAAACUCUACUCAUUGAAUGAUCCAACACUAAAUGAUAAGACUUCCAAAAAAAUGGAGGAGCAGCCCAGCCUUUGCUCACAGCUCUCAGUGAUGCAGAUGAGAAACAGCAUGGCUAGUUCCAGUGACAGUGAAGAUGGCUUGCAGCAGUUUCUUCGUGGGUCUUCCACCGCUUCCUCUCUUCGAAAUAACCAACAAGAUUUCUAUAAUACUUAUGGAGUGGGUCGUUUGCAGCAUGAUGUUUUCUGUUGAUAACAUCACAUAUUAACCCAACAUCCUCAAAAAGGCCGCACAUCUCCCUAUAUGAGAACUUCGGCAAAAAUGAAACCAAUAGAAGAAAGUGGUGAAGAUGAUGUCUUUGAACUACCCUCUGCUGUUAAGCCUGAAGUUCAGUGACUGCCUUGAACAGAUGGUCUCGAACAUCCAGGGACACCGUAGACAUGGCAAAAGCAAGAAGCUUAAUUUGAUGGGAUUCUGAAAACUAUCAGCACCCUUUACUUCCAGAGAAUUAUACCACAAUAUACCUGUUAGUGGCUUCUAGAUAAAGAUGCCAAGUUUUAUUUAUUCUCCUUUAAAAAAAAAGGCAUAGAUUAUAUUUUUAGUUAUUGGCCAGGAGUUUUGAAUGGUUGUGUUUUUACUUUGGCUCUCUCUCAAGUUAAAUUCAGUUUUAAGCAACAGACUAGUCUGAAAUUUUAUUCGCUUAUUGAGUACCAUUUUCAAAAUCAGCCAAGUCCCAUUUUUCUAAGCCACUUAGGAGCCUAAGUCCCAGUGAAAGUGAAUGGGAAUGUUUGAAAAUUUGACCCAAUAUCAUUUGUACCCAACACCAUAGUUAUUAAUAUUGCAAUUUCAAAAUGAAAUUAAUACACACAGUUUUUUGUGUGUGCAUGAAUGUAUGUGCUUAUAUUUUAGACAGAGAAAACCAUUUUAAAAGAACAUUAAAGUUGCAAAGUCAAGCACUCAAAAGUUAGGAAAGGCCAGAAUUAAGUUUCCCAUGCAACCUGUAUUGGCCCCUUUAUGUGUAUACAUUAUGAUGCAAUUUUUCAUUACAUUAUCACAUUCUGUUUCCCACAAGAGUUUGGCAAAAUGUAUAGAUUUGACACAAAGGCCAUCCUUCUGCCAAAUUGCAAGUCUCUGCUCUAAUGCAUGGGGAUUCUAAAGCAUCUUAAAAAAAAAGUCACUAGAAUUUUUAAACAUGGCCAAAAUAAUGUAUUUUUCCCUAGUUUUGUUCUUGGAAACAGCUGCACCGUUUUGGCUAAAGUUUUCCAAAGUAGUUCUCCUGAGGGAGACUCCUAGUAUGGGAAAUUUCAGCCCAAAGAGUUAUAGUUUGGCAAAAUUAUAAGUAGCUGAAAAAAGUCUCUCUCAUAAGGGGAAGUGUUGGGCAGCCUUAAUAAUAGGUGGCACUACCAGCUCCACCUAUAGUGUGAGCACAUGAAUAAAUAAAAUCAAUGUAUUUGUCACACAAUAAUAAACUGUAUUCAUUGUCAAAGAGCAUAAUGGCAGAUACAACAGUCUAUGUAACAAUUUAAGAUGACAGAAUGUGGAGACUAGAAUAUGACAAAUAAUGAGAUUGGAUAACAGUUGGAAUCUGGCUUAAACUCACUCUAUGAAUUUUACUGUGAUCAUCGUCCUAGUAUCGGCAGUGAAGUUAAGCCUAAGAGUGUCCUUGAAUCAGCCUGUGCCUAUGGUAUAUCAUCUGUUUUUACACUGUUCUGAAGCUCUUGCAACGCCAAAGGACAACACUUGUUUUUGUGGUUUUAAAUUCAAUUUUUAUGUUACUUCAGUGUGUCUUGUGGUUUUUGUUUUCUGCAUAUUAAAAAUUCUCAUUGAGGUGAGCCAUAGUUACAUAUUUAUGUAAAUAUAUGUUAAAUACAUUUUACAUCUCACAUCAUGUAUGCAGUAAAUCAUGCUGGCUCC